AUGACUGCAAACGUUCGCUCUGGAAGGCUGCAGCAGCAAGCUGAAGAUCUCGGUGCGCGCCUUGUGCCCCACCUCGCCCACUUCUUUGGGGCUAGCGACAAGGAGGCCGCCGCCACCGUAGAAGAACAUCGCUUGCAACUCCUUGCACAGGAGCUGGCCUUUGGUGCGGCCAAAGGGUUUGGAACAGAGUCUCCUCGUCAAGCCGUUCACGUGAUUGGCAGUCUGCUGCACGGUCUCGACCCCACCACCUCUUGCCUGGGUCAAAGCGCGCACGAUGCUAUCCUCUCCAAGCCCGCUCGCCUGGCUCUCCGACACGCCACCGAACGUCUCUGCCUAUGGAUCCGGGCCCACAACAACUCUGCCCCAAACAUCUUGGCCAACUACUUUGAAACCACCUUUACCUACUUUCACCAGUACUGGCAAGCUCAAGAGGACCCGCAAGUCGCUCGGCGACUGGAUGACCAAGCUGCAACCAUACGCCGUGAAGCUGAACCGCGUGCCGGCGCAGCUCAUGAACCACCCACCAACCAUGCUGUGCCCGUCUCCAAAUCCACACCCAAUUCGACCAGUGCCCCCGCUGCAGCCUCCCUUCGCACCGCCACCGGCGCGGCCCAUCAGAGCACCAAGCGAGCCAAGCCUCCACCCCUUAUCGUGGACGCCGCCGACUCUGGAGAUUUGGGGGACCACGAAAUCAGCAGCAACCUUGAUGAAAGCAACUCGAGUACCACCCCCCUGUCGCCGCGCCGGCGUGCCAACAGAAAACCAAUGCCAAAAUCCACCCGCCUCACCUUGCCCUCUCUUCCCCGAGAUCGCCUGCCGGCCCGCCGUGUCCCCAGCGCCAAGCAAAGCCAUAUCAGCCGACGCCAUGCCUCGGAUAACGCUGGACCCGCCAACGAUGCUCCCUGGGUCAUUUUAACCUCGGGUCCUGCCGCUGAGGGCUCACGCCAACCCAGCACCUCCUUUGUAGAAGCGCUCCGACAAUGGAAGGCGCUCAGCCAAGCCGCCGCUACCCGUCUUGAAGCCUAUCGAACCCAGGUCCAGCAGGAUCGUGCCGAUCGAUUGGCGGCCGCCGCCCAAGCUGCUCAAGCUGCUCAAGCUGCCUCGGCCGUGGAAACCCCCCUCUCAGCCUCGCUACUCAGUGGCUUGGCCGACACAGGGAGCCGUGAUGGAACCUGGUGGAUCCGUCGAUUUUCUGUCCCAGCAUUCGAUGGUGACCUCAGCGAAGAUGAUAGCGAAAGUGACGAGCACCUGGCCGAGCAGCUUUUGGAGGUGCCAAGCCAGCUGGGCCGCCCAAUCUCCCUACGCAGGCGACAAGAUCACAUGGGCGUCGGGAACGAUGAUGAUGAUGAUGAUGAUGAUGAUGAUGACGACGACGAUGAUGAUGAUGACGAUGAAGACGACGGCACAGAGAGGGCGAGUGGCAGCGAUGAUGAUGAUGAUGAUGACGAUGACGAUGACGAUGGUAGUGAUGAUGAAGACGAUGGUGAUGAUGACAACAUUCCCGGUACAAACCACCACGGUCAUGUGAGCAUCGAAGGGGAGGAGGAUGAUGACGAGGAUGACGAAGACGACGACGAUGAAGAUGAAGAAGACGACGACGGUGAGGCGGAUCAGGAUGAGGAUGGCAGUGAGGAGGACAUGGCCUGA